AAAAACGGGACACAUGGUACAUACUGUGAGCUUCUGAAGCUCUUACAACUUCAUAGGAGUUUCCCACGUGGGCAUGAUGAAGUAAUUCACUGGAUCAAAGAGAACAAAAACGUGCACAGUUACUACCAACAGAAGGAUCAGAUCGAAGAGCAAGAUUCACAUUAUAGAGGCAGAACACACCUUUUCCAUGAAGACAUCCCUAGUGGAAAUGCCUCCUUGAAACUUAGUAACCUGACCAUGACUGAUGAGGGCUCUUACACCUGCUACGUGGGAACAACACAAUAUCGAACAGAAGUGAAAGUGCUGCUACGUGUAAGAGCUCCUUCUUCUUAUGCACUGGAAUACCAAAAGACAAACACAGAUAGGAGACUGAAGUGCUAUGCCUUUCUCACGUAUUCAGCACCCAAUAUAUCUUGGGUACAAGGCAAUGUAUCCAUCCAAGAGACAGAUCGGGAGGAAACCAGGAAUGGAAUUUUCUAUUCUAUUAGAAGUGACAAGGACAUAAUAAACACAACAAAUACUUACUACUGUCAUAUUCAUUUCCAUCAUGAAGUGUGGGCUGCUGAAUGGAAGAUGAUGCCAGAUCACCUGUGUAAAGAGGCAGGAGGUUACACCGUAAUUCCUUGUGAACAUGACAAUGACAUUGCAAACACUGAUGGUUUCAGUGUGGUCUGGACAUUACACAGAAAUGCAGUGACCUCAGUCCUGGCCUCCUUCAAUGGCACAUCUCACUCUCACCAGCCUCGAGUCCGGAUUAACAAAACUAACUUUUCACUGAUGUUGGAUCGUCUUACUGCAGACGAUAGCGGAGAAUAUCUGUGCAAUAUUUCAACACCUCUCUACUCAAAACUUACUGUGAGCACUUUGCAUGUCGAAAAUUCAGGUAACCCCUUGAUAAUUGUGAUCGUAGUGGCAGCAGUGAUUUUAACAGUGGCACUACUUUACUAUCUCAAGAAAAAAAGGAAGAGAGGAGUCAUAUGGACACCUUAACAUACAGGAAGAAAAUAGUCCUCUGCACACAGAUACUACUGAGACUGGUGAUUAAAGAACAGAGUUCCUCCACCUGCCCCCUUGAGUUACACUAACAGCCACAUGGAAAUGUGACUUUCUGAGCAACAGUAAUGGACAAAUGGGGAGGAAGAAAAUCACUGGACACUUGUAUGUGAAAAGUCAUGUAGCAGAGCAUCUCACCUCCAUGUCAUCUUAUCUGUUGCUUGUUUACUGGUGAGUUAACUCAAACCAGACAAAGCUGUCUUGUAGUGAGUUAUUUUGACAGCAUGGGAUUACCAUUGGUCUGGCAUCUCCCAGCUGACAAUAAGCAUCUUUCUGUGGAAGUGAGCUCUUAUGGAAGCUGAUAUUUGAUUAGCACAUGUAGUUUGAUAAUCAAGAUGCCUUGGCAAAAGCAAACAGAGCUUUGAAGAUUACAAGAAGAUAGGAUCAAGACUGGCGACAGGAAAGAAGUCUGAACUAAGUAGAAAUGUUAAGUUUGUCUGUGUGAUGUUUAACCCAACGAAUGUAGUAAAGAAUUACUAGUCUUCCUAAAAAUGGUAUAUAAGCAUACAUAGCUCACAGUAAAUUUGGAUUCUGAUCAUGAAUCAGUCUCUCUCUCCCUGUCUCUCUCUCAGUCGUCUAUAAGAUCUGGAAAGAGAAACUGGAUUUCUGACUGACAGGCACCUACAUGUACAAACUAUAUAAGCUACAUCAAACUUUCACAAAGCAGAAAUCUGCACAUUUUCCUGGAAACGUGGAAUUUCUACUUAGAACUCCUGCUUUGUGGUUAUUCCUCUGUGGGCUGAGUAUUUCUUUUGCUAGUUUUAAUAUAGGUACCUUGAUAUCAUGCACUGUUUUAUAUAAUCUACUGGUAGUUCUUCUGUUUCAUACUGUGUUGUAAGUAACUCUGAUUAAGACCUUUCAUGUGUUACCUCCUGUUCGAUAAAUUGUCCAUCACUGUUCUCCAUUGUCUCGGGCUCAGGGGUAGGAAAUGUUAGCUGUGGGAGCCUCCCCCACCAUCUUGCUUUUGUCCUGGGGGCUACAUAGUGUGUGGGAAUGGUUGCCACCUUGUCCUUGUCUGGAAAAACAUAUGGAGCUGGCAGCACUGGAACAGCUUGUCCUUGGCAAGGCCAUCUUGUCCUUGUCACAGGGGAGCACGUGCACAUGACCUACAGGGAAUGUCUGCCAUCUUGUCUUUCUGCCAGUGGCCACCUGAACGAAGUUGAGGUGGUGACCAUCUCUUGUGGGUAAAGCAUCUCUUUUUGUAUACUUUUGUUAUUAACAUUUUUGCUCUUUGCUUUCACUAAAUUACCUCAACCCACA